UGCCAUGUGUUGAUGAACAUGUGAAAAUUAUCAAAACAAACAUAGUCUUGUUAAUAUAUAAUAUACAUUAUAUAAUAAAUAACAAGAAUACAUUUGUCCGUCACAGUUAUGUCUAGGCUGAUAAUUAAAAAUUUGCCAAAUGGGGUCAAGGAGGAUCAUCUGCGUAGUAUUUUUGGCAAAGCUGGUCAAAUUACAGAUUGCUGUCUGAAGUUUACUAAAGAUGGUGUGUUUAGAAAAUUUGCUUUUAUUGGCUUCAAGACUCCAGAACAAGCCCAGACUGCACAGAAACAGUUUGAUAAGACUUACAUAAAGGCUUCCAAAGUUCAGGUUGAAUUUUCCAAAGACUUUGGUGAUAAAACUAAGCCGCGAGCAUGGAGCAGGUAUUCAGCGGAGAGUUCCACUUAUCAGAAGAAAGUAGAAAUAACUGAGGAAAAGACGGAGAUUUCUCAGACUUUAAAGAAAAAGAAAAAGAAGAAAGCCAAAGAUGAAAAGUUGAAUGAAAUUCUUGGAGAUCUCAAAGAUGACCCCAAAUUUCAAGAAUUUUUGGAUGCUCAUCAAAAUGUUGGUACUAAACCUGUUUGGAGUAAUGAUGCCAUAAAAACUGCAACAGUUACGUCCCCUGUCAACAAAGGAAGAAAUGAUGUGAUAUUCGAAGCUUCCUCUUCAGAAGCAGAAAUGCCAGAAGAAGAAGAAAUAACAUCAGAAAAAGAGGAUGCAGAAGAUGAGUCAUGUGAAAUGAAGGAAUCAAUUGCUAGCAAGACAGGUCUUUCAGAUUUAGAGUAUUUAAAAUCCAAGGUGAAAACUUCUAAACUGUUACUUGAUUCAAGUGAUUCAGAUGAAGAAACUCAAACUGCAAAACAUAAAAAAAAGACAAAAGUAAAAUCUAAACAGAAACAGUUAUUGAAAAAGACAAAAGAAUUGAGUGAUGAUUCAGAUGAUGAUGAAAUAUUCGGGACUUUACAACAGAAAAAUAUUAAAAUGGACAAAGAUAACUCUAGUAAAAAUGUUGAUGAAAAAUCUAAAAAAGUCAAAUUAAAAAACAAACCAACAGACUCUGCAAGUGAUGGUGUGAGUGAAACAGGAAAAACAGGAAAGGGGAAGAAAAUUGAACAAGAUGAGACAAGGUCUGAUAAGAAGAAUCUUCACACUGAAGACAAGAAGACUGACACCAGUAAAAGAUUUGUGAUAAAAAUGAGAGGCAUGAAGCAGUUUUUUGGAGAGAAAGCAAUCCACGAAUUUUUCAAGCCCUUGAAACCAACAAGUAUAAGAAUACCAAGGAAUUCUCAGAAAAGACCCAUUGGUGUUGCAUAUGUAGAAUUUGCAAAUGAAAAAGUCCUCGAGCAAGCGAUGGGAAGAAACAAAAAUUUUAUUGGUACCCACCGGGUCUUUCUGAAACAGUCCAAACAGUCCGAUGAAACCGCUGAUGUUGCAGAACCAAAGCCAAAACCGUGGGAGUUAAAAAUUCAACAAGGCAGAAUGGAUGAAGAAGAGGGUAUUGCAGAGUCUGGACGUUUAUUUGUGAGAAAUCUUUCUUAUACGUGUACGGAGGAUGAUUUGGAAGAGUUGUUUAAAACCUUCGGUCCGUUAACUGAGGUGAAUUUGCCAGUAGAUCGACUCACAAAGAAGAUUAAAGGUUUUGCCCACAUCACGUUUAUGAUGCCAGAACAUGCAGUCACGGCUUUCACACAGCUUGAUGGAACAGUCUUCCAGGGGAGAAUGUUACACAUCCUGCCAGGCAAACCCAAAACUGAAGAAAUGGAAUUGGCAGAGAAAUCAUCAUUCAAGAAAAAGAAAGAAGCUGAGAAAAAAUCUCUAGCCAAGAGCUCCUACAAUUGGAAUACUCUUUUUCUUGGUGCUAAUGCAAUAGCUGAUGUUAUGGCAGAAAAGUUUGCAACCAGUAAAAGUAAAAUACUUGAUGCAGAAGGAAAGGAGAGUCUUGGUGUUCGGAUGGCGCUGGGAGAAACACAGAUAGUAGCUGAAACAAGGGAAUUCCUCAUACAGAAUGCAGUUUCACUUGACAGUUUUAGUCAGGCGGCUGCAGCAAGAAGUAAAACUGUUAUUUUGGCCAAGAAUCUGCCAGCUGGAACUAGUGCUGAGGAACUGCGAGAGUUGUUUGAGAAAUUUGGCACGGUUCGCCGUCUGGUUAUACCACCAUCUGGGAUCUGCGCCAUCAUAGAAUACAUUGAGCCUACUGAAGCUCGGGCAGGCUUUACAAAGCUGGCCUACACAAAGUUCCACCAUCUUCCACUGUAUCUCGAAUGGGCCCCAGUUGGUGUGUUCAAAUCGGAACCUGAGGCGCCCAUGGAAGAAGGUGACAAGACUGAAACUACUGGGGAGACCAGUCAAGUUAGCACAAAGACACCAAGUGAUGAAGCAGGUUCUGAUUCUGACAGUGAGGAAGAGACGGAACCCGAGAGCACACUGUUUGUGAAGAAUCUCAACUUUGACACCGCAGAAGACGAUCUUCGCAAGAUGUUUGAGAAAUGUGGGAAAAUUAAAAUGGUUUCAAUUGCCAAAAAGAAAGACUUCAAGCAUCCAGGUCAGAUGUUAUCAAUGGGGUACGGGUUCAUUGAGUACAAGCAGAGGUUGAGUGCGCAGGAGGCUCUGAAAACUUUACAACACAAACAUCUGGAUGGUCAUAGUCUGGAGCUGAAGAUAUCAAACAGAGUUACACUACAGCCACAAGUUGCUGGGAGAAAGAAACAGACAAAAACCAAACAAAAAUCAUCCAAGAUCUUAGUUCGAAACAUUCCUUUUGAGGCAAACCAGAAAGAAGUGUUUGAAUUGUUUAGGGUGUUUGGCCAGUUGAAGACUGUACGACUACCUAAGAAAAUGAGUGGCACUGGAACACACAGAGGAUUUGCCUUUGUUGACUACCUCACCAAACAGGAUGCAAAGAGAGCCUUCAAUGCAUUAUGUCACAGUACUCAUCUGUACGGCAGAAGGCUGGUUCUCGAAUGGGCCGAGAUGGCGGAAGACAUUGACUCACUGAGGAAAAAGACGGCCAAGCACUUUCAUGAUGAGGUACCAAAGAAAAAACUGAAGAAAUCGUCAUUGAUGGAAAAUCUCCAGAACUCCACAGAUGACUAGAUUAUAAAUGACACUUGAUGAGAAAAACAGCUGCAGUGAGAAAACUUCACUGUUGUUGAUUUAUAAAUAAAUAUAUAUAUAUGUAUUA